AUGAACCUAACACAAGCUAUGCAGCAGUGUUUCUGGGUCACGCUGAAAUCCAUCGUUUUGCACGUCCUAUCUUUCUAUCUGCUGCUACGAUUGCUUGAGAACUUUACUCUCUUCGAAGAAAGAACGGGGGACAUCGUUCAGCUAUUGAUAUUUGAUUUUGAGGAAAGCGAGUCCAUAAAAAACCUGGAAAAUAUGCUGCGAGACUACAUGAUCUGGAAUGUGGAGAUUUUGAUGCGCAAUGCCGACUUCAAAAGAUUCCUCGACCGGAACUCGUUGUUAGAACAAACCGUCUUUCGUUCCAUGUGGGAUUAA